AAAGUUCAAACUGCUUUCAAGUCAAAGGAGUAUUUACAAUGCUGGAGGUUUUCUGUAAAUUAUCAAGUAGAUUAUGUUGUUGCUUUUAUGUGUGUAUUCAUUUUAUUUCUCAAUAUGUACAUGGAGCUUUAAGUGCUUUAACAUGUGUGCUCCCCGGCCUCCACAGCUGCAAAAUGCAGAAUCUGACUGAGCUUCAAACCAACGCAACCUCCCACAGGAGCCUGUCUGUGAUCAUCAAGGUGUGUGUGGUCAUCCCGUUCUUCUGCGUCUUCCUGUGCUGCAUCGCUGUCAUGCUGCACAUCUUUGCGUCCCACAGGCAGUUCCUGGACACGUCCCGCUACAUCCUGUUCGCCUCCAUGCUGGUCAACGACACCCUCCAGCUCAUGACCUCUGUGCUGCUCUUCCUCUUCGUCAUAGGUCAGGUGAAAUUUGCUCUGGUAUACUGUGUUCCCCUGCUCUUCAUAUCCACUGCCACUUUCAAGAACACCCCCUUAAUCCUGGCCACCAUGUCACUGGAGCGUUACAUUUCCAUCGUCUACCCCCUGCGAUGCCCGGCCUCCUGGCGCUCAGACCGUAUCUGGAUCAUUAUUCUGUGUCUAUGGUUCAUCAGCUGCAUCUUCCCUGUCAUUGACUUCUCCAUCGGGAAACGUGACCCUUCUGUGGAUGUCCUCUCCACCCCUGUGCAUUGCAAAACUAUUCUUGUCAACCCCUCUCCUAUCCAGAAAUUGUUCAAAGCUGCUGUCAGUUUGCUCUUCUUUGCAGUGGUCGCAGUCAUCAUCCUCUUUACAUAUGUGAGAAUCCUGCUGGAGACCAGGAAGCUGAGACAGGACCGAGUGUCCGUGAGCAAAGCCAUGCACACGGUGCUGCUGCACGGCUUCCAGCUGCUGCUGUGCGUGCUGGCCUUCAGCCAUCCCAUCACUGAGUCUCUCAUAGUGCUGCACGCCAACUGGCAACCAGAGGACAUCGCCUUUUUUAAUUAUUUCUGUUUCAUCCUGAUCCCACGUUUUCUGAGUCCGCUCAUCUACGGCUUCAGAGACCAGAGUCUCAGGGGCUACAUCGGGAAAACGUUCCUCUGCUGCUCAAAGAAAGUCAAACCCUGGUCGUAGAAUUAAAUAAGAUUAAAGACACGAGACAGGUUUAUAUUCUUACUUUUCACACACACAAGCCUUUAAGAGACGCUUCCUAAUGCACUUCCAUUGUAAGUAAUGGUGACAAAACACAAAGUCCUUGUUCUUCUGGGUAAAUGUAUAUGCCAUGUGUAUCUGCCAUUUUAGUGUGAAAUUCAUAAAAAAAAACAUGGGCUAAGUUAUGACAAGUCCUUUCAAAAACAAAAUUUAAAUUUCUUUCCUCCAAAAAGGCCUCAGAGGGUAUUAAAAAAGUCCUAGACAGUCAUUUUGUUUAUGAAACAUCAUUGUAUCUUAAUGAAACAGUUGAUUGUGCUGCAGAAGACUCAUCAAUCCUUGUUUGUUUUUUGUCAGUCAGCAGCAUCAGAUCUGCAGCAAACACUGUCACUACUGCUGCUUUAGGUUGCUCAUUGUCUCAUGAUGAAAAAUGUAAGAAGAAGCUUAAAAUAAAUCGUAUUGCUUGAUUCAUU